GUAGUAAUAACUGAAGCUGUGUGUUGAUUGUUCCUCUUUAGGUUCAAAGAUAAUAACAUCAGCCCAGGUCUUUAGUUCAGCAUUAAACCUCCUCAGUAUUUAAGCUUGUCAUUCAAAAAUCUUCCCCUACCAAACUUGUAUGUAACCAUGGCAACAAGGUAUUGUUUUUGCAAACGGAAACAGCAAAGGUCCAAAUAAUCCCUGAACUCUGAGCUCAAGCCCCAGAGGGGAUGAAAGGGCGACUUCAUGGUUGCAGCUCCUUCCUAGCAGGCCAGGAUUACUUCAGCUGGUCCAAACGCUGCAGCAGAGUUCAGAUGAAAACUAAAAAACAGAAAUCAUAUUUCUCCUGUUUUAGCUUCCCUUCAUCGGCUCCCUGUUAAUUAUGAUUAUAAUCUCAGAUUCUGCUUGUCACAUAUAGAGGCCAUAAUAAUCAGCUCCAUCAGAGAUCUGACUGGUCCAGAUGUACCUACCAGAACCCUGGUGGUACCAGACUGCAGGUUCUACUGGUUCUGGAGGUUCCAGCAGGAGAAUGGGAGUCAGAUCCUUCAGUUUACUGAAUAGAUCAAAACUUUGCUCUGUGUGAAGCUGACAGUUAAAAGAGAUGUUUGUCCAGUCGAGCGGCUCCACAGCCCCAUACACACAGAUGAUGAAAUCAGAAUUAAUGAACUGAUUUAAAGCGAACAGAAAUUUGAAUAAGCAGAGCCAUAGCACACACUCCUGGAACUGAACAACAACAAACCGUUCAAAUUACAAGCUCAAUUCAACCAAACCUUUACGCUGAAAUCCAACCGGAAAAGACCUGCUUUGUUUCCGGCGCCGGAUCAGUGUGCAGCUAGCAGCAGAGCUAACCUGAUCGCGGACCGAUCAGAACCGUCCGGUGUCAGAAUGUCCCGCUUCGGGCGCUACGGAGGAGAGUCCAAGGUUUACGUGGGGAACCUGGGAACCGGCGCCGGGAAGGCCGAGCUGGAGCGGGCCUUCGGGUACUACGGGCCUCUCAGAACCGUCUGGAUCGCCAGGAACCCGCCGGGCUUCGCCUUCGUGGAAUUCGAGGACUCCAGGGACGCCGAGGACGCUGUCCGAGGGCUGGACGGGAAGGUGAUCUGCGGCAGCCGGGUCCGGGUGGAGCCGUCCAACGGGAUGCCGCGGCGUUCCCGCUACGAGAGGCCGCCGCCACGGCGACCGUUUGACCCCGACGACAAGUGCUAUGAGUGCGGACAGAAAGGCCACUACGCCUACGACUGCCACCGCUACGGCCGCCGCGGCCACCGCAGCAGGUCACGGUCCAGGUCCCGGUCCCGGUCCCGGGGGAGACGGUAUUCCCGGAGCCGGAGUCGCAGCCGGAGUCGAGGGAGGAGAUCCAGGUCCUCUCCUCGGCGAUCCAGGUCCAGCUCACCCAGAAGGUCCAGGUCCGGUUCACCCAGAAGGUCCAGGUCCGGUUCACCCAGAAGGCUGCGGUCCGGUUCUCCUGGGAGGUCCCGGUCCCGGUCGGUGUCAAAGUGCCGCAGCAGGUCCGGAUCCAUGGGCCGGUCUCAUUCCGGAUCUCGAGCCAGAAGUCGCUCGGCCUCCAGGACUCCUGCUGACAACUGACUUCCUGUUUGCUCUCUGAUGUUUUGUACGAACUCACUCUGUUGUGUAGCAGCUCUGUGAUUAUUGAUUAUUAAUUAGUGACUAUUGGUUUCUGAUCAGCCUGCUUUGGUUCCUCAGCCGUUUACUUCCUGCAAUGAUCUGUUAAUAAAGGUUUAUCAUUCAAA